AUGAGUGCAUAUGACCUAUCACGGGCCCAAAAAAUCCUACAAAAUGCCCGCAAACUGGCCCCAGCACGACCAGAAGCAGAUUUUCACUUGGCUGCAUGCUUUCAAUUGUCUGGUCACUUUCAUGAGUCUUCAGCAUACCUUAUGGUUGCAUUGAAGCUUCAUGCUCUUGCUGCUUUGGCUUGGACAGAUAGGUCACACUUUGCAGUGUGGGCUGAUUGCAUUUCUGAGGUAGUGAAGAGAUUUCUUCAGGAUGAUCAAGGAGCUGAGAAACCUGAUUGGUGGUGUGAUGACGGGAAACUCAAAAGGAUUAUAAGGGUGGCCCAUAAUGAACUUCUGGCUGAUGACCAUGGAGGCUAUGAUCCCAGCGCACUCUCUUUAUUGUCAGACAUACAUGGUCUUCUCCUUGGAGGGCAUUUGACUCAAGGAAAGCAAACAACAUCGAAGAACAACAGCACAAAUGCAGAACUGACGGAGGCAUCCAAAGUCUUGCUUCGUGCAUCUAAAAAGUGUGCAGAUUCAUCCAACAUGCUGUUCUUUGGUACAUGUAAAACCGUCCAGGCAGGUGCACAAAAGGAGGAGAUUGUUGCCCCCGUAGGGAGCACCGAGAAACCUCAAAGUGGAGAAUGGAUGCUCAUCGAUGGCCUCACUGGUCCUGCAGGACUAGUAGCAAUGAAUCACAAAUUGGCCUUGGUUGCCCAGGAUGGGUUGCGAGAUGGUCGGGUUGUUGUGGAAGUGGAUGGAUUCAAGGGAUUGAAGUGCAUUAGGCCAGAGCACCUGGACAAAUUCGCAGUUGCUGAGGAGGCAGUUGCUUUCAUCUCGUGUCUGGACAAAGCUGAACAGUGGAGGGUAGCAAGAUACUUCGCAAGGGAUGUCUUGGAAGAACUCAGCACCGACGAGCAUUUUAUAAUGAACACCAUCAAGUGCGCAACAUGCAGGACAACAGAUCUCUCUGUGAUCCCCUGA